CUUUUAGCUGCAGUCUGGUGGUGAUCUGUUCUCCUUUCACAGCCUCUGACGCUAGUUUAGGUUAGUUGCACUGGUGGCAGCGGUAGGAUCAUUUCUUUCCUUUGUGGUUUUCCCGUUUAGAAAUCUAGAAUUAGCUUUAACAUGUCGGAGGCCGAGGAUAGUGUACAAUCUCCUAAUUAUGAGGGCGCUGAUUGUCCUGUUACGUCUAGAGAGUGUUUUCUCAAUCUCCCGGUGGCCCCCCUGCUCACCCAAUAUUUAUACCGGAAACUUUUAAUGGUGUGGGGCGUGAGUGGUCUGACUGGUCGGAACAAUUUGAUCUGGCGGCUGAGGUAAACAGAGCAGCCCUCGUCCCUGAACCUCCCGUCCUGCCUUCCCUGCCAGCCCCAGGAUCUCUCGUCUCCCCUUCCCUUCGUCUCCGUGUCCUGUGCCUGCCUGUUGGACUGGAUCUCCCCGGCUACCGAAUCUACCUUCUGUCCCCGACCAUUCUUCUUGCCUGGCCCAUUGAAAGCCUGUUACCUGCUCGAUCUAAUAAAGAUCGCGCUGUUCCGCAUUCCUGGGUCCGCGUUUCCCUGCCGAGGGUGUCCUAACAAUUAUGUCUCCACCGUAGCGGUCUGCAGGGGGAAUCGCAGAAGCUGGAGUUUCUUAGAGCGCUGCAUGGGUUUGGACAAACAUUAGGGAGAAGCAAACACAAACGAUUCGUGAGUGCAUCGUACGUGUUGUAAGAGCAAGUGAAGCUGAAAGACAUUGACAGUGAAGUGAUGGCUCCCUCUAUUAAUCUCUUCACCUUCCUCGUCCUGUCCCUGGUGGGGGGCAGCUCUUCAUGGGACGAAGCUUCGCCUUGCGGAUCCGGCUCCAUCCUGACAAGGCCCUACACGGCCUUGUGUGAGCUGGAUGCGGUGUGGGGCUUGGUGGUGGUGGUGGCGGCAGCGGCGGCGGCCCUCGCCUCGCUGAUCCUGCUCCUGGUGGUACUGUGUCGCCUGCGGAAGAUCACAGAGGCUGAGGAGCGCAGCGGGGUGGCGCCGCUACUCCUGCUGCUCGCAGCCAUAUUUGGGCUCUGUGGCCUCAGCCUGGGAUACAUCGCUGAGCAGCAAGAGAGCCUCUGCUUCGCCCGGCGUGUCCUGAGGGGGGUGUUGCUUGCUAUCUGCAACACAUGCCUCGUGUUUCAUGGUCUGCGACUGCGCCGGUUGGGACAAGGUGCUCAUAGCCCCAGCACAGGUCAACUGAUGGGGCUGGCGGUGGCCUUGGCCGUGUUGGAUCCGGAGUGGAUCCUUCUAGCCACGAUGUCCACAUGCCAGCCAGCCUGUGAUUACCAGCCGCUGGACUUUACACUGGCCACCACUUAUGUGCUGGUCCUGCUCCUGGCAGCACUGGUGGGGGCGGCCUGCAGUCUGUGGAGGCAGCAGCCUCGGUGGAGGUGCAGGACCACGUGGCUGCUCAUCACCUGCCUGGCCUCAGUCCUGCUGUGGGUGGCCUGGAUCACCUUCUGCCUGUAUGGCAACGCGGCGCUUGGCCUGUCCCCAACAUGGGACAACCGGGUACAGGCAGUGGUGCUGCUGGCACAGGCAUGGCUGCUCAUACUGCUGCACGCUGCUCCUGAGGUCCACGCCACCUUACGGCCCCCGUCCCGCAUGAGAGAGGCCAGUUUAGAGGAGGGCCUUUCUCACCUGUAGUUUGGAGCAAACCGGGACUUCGUGUUCAGUGACAACAACUCAGGUGUCCUCCCCAGCCCCCAGGAAACAUUACAUUUUAAAUAAAUAAUAUAUAUAUCAUCA